AUGAUUCUUCAACUAAUAUAGUUUUUUAGCCUUCUCUUUGCAGUUGGUUACUUAGUAAAUGAGUAUUCAGAUAAGCAAGUCAAGAGGCAUAUUAAAAUAUUAUCAUUCAUAGCAUGGUUACUCUCUUUUGGGUUUGUCUUUAUAAUUCCAUUAGAUAUUUACUGGACUUUAGAAAACCAAAGAUUUAUUGAAAAUUGCAAAUAAAAUCCAUAAAGCGAAUAAUGUGUUUCAUUUGAUGGUGAUUCUAUCCCUGAAUUCAAAACCAUGGUUUGGGCUUGGAGAGCUGUUUAUUGGAUUACUUUUGUUUUUACUUGGUUUAUUUUACCUUUCUUCCAAGAUUAUGAAGCUGCUGGAGAAUUUGAUGUUAAAGGAAGAGUAAAGAGAUCAAUAAAGAUUAAUUUAAUGAUCAUUUUAGGUAUUGGAGCUAUUGGACUUUUGUUCAUAGUUUAUCUUCUUAUUUCAGGAAAAAUUUCAUGGGAUAACAUGGAAGGUUUUUUAAUUGGUUUAGCUAAUGGAUUUGGUAUCUUUUUGGUGGUUAUUUUGUUGGGACAUGGAUUAGUUAUGAUUCCUAAGAAAUGUUGGAGAGAAAGAAACGAAGAAACCAUUAUUAAAUUGUGUUAAUUCCAAGCUGCCAAAUUAGAUGAAACAAAAUUAGAAACAGUUUUUAAAUUAGAAGAAAAGGUUAAAUUUUUACUGCUUGCUCAGUAAAGAUACAAAGAGUUUGAAUCUUACUUUAAUUAGAUUAUUGAUUUAGUACCUGCUGAUAUUGUUAGCCAUUGCAAAGAGUUAAACUAACCCAGCGAAUCUACACGCUAAGAUUUAAAUUCUUUUGGAGUAAUAAAUAUUGAUAAAUUAGCUAGCUUAAACAAAGAGAUGAAGUCACUUGUCUAGUAAUUAAAAAGAGAAUAAACUAAGUGGGACUAUCUUCUUGAUAAAGCUUUUUUCACAGAAGACUUAAAGAAAAAUAAAGACUCUUCUGAAAAUAAAAUUGACAGUGAUUUUUAUGUAAAUCGUCAAGGUAAAUUAGGUCAUUUCAUAGAUGUGGCUUUUUGGUUCUGGAAUUGUAAAGCUAAAAAAAUAUUUAUGAUUAUUUGUGCCUUUACUUUUGGUAUGCUUUCCUUGCUUGUUCUUUUAGGAGAGAUUUCAAUUUUCUCGGGAAAAGUAAUUAACCCAUUUAACUACAUACUUGUAGAUGAUACUACACAUUUGAUAGGAACAUAGUUCUUGGUCUUGAUUCCUCUGCUUUACAUUACUUUUUGUGUCUAUUAUAGUAUGUUCUAAGUUAAAUUAGCAAAUCUAUUUGGCUUAUAUAAAUAUCACUAAACUGAUGCUCCAAGUCUUAUGUUUUUCUCCAUUAAUUUUGCUAGAGUUUCUGCUCCUAUUUCUUACAAUUAUCUCAAAAUCUUAGGAGUUAAAGAUUCAGCAUUUGAAAGAAUUAUUGGAGCUAUGGAUGACGUACCCAUUUUAGGAUCAGCAAACACCUAUUUCUUCCCAAUGAUUCUUAUCAUGCUAAUUUUAUUCAAUGCUUUUGAUGUUUAUUAAAAAAUUUUGAGUUCUCUUGGCUUAAAAUAAUUUGAAUUCUCAGAUAACUUUGACGAUGAACGUAUCGAUUAGGGUAAAUAACUCAUAUAAAGAGCAAGAAAUUCAUGGGCUAGAAAAUUCGAUAAGAUGAAACAAAGCUCUCCAUCAUAGUACUUUGGUUAUAACACAGCAUCUUCAUUAAGAGAAAACGAACAAAUAAAAAAUUUUGGAAGAGGGUAUGGAAACAACAGCGAUGUUAGUGGAGAUACAGAAUCAAGAGCAUCUGUUUCUUCUACUUCAACAGCUACUUCUUAAAAAUAUAGUUAGUCAUAACAAAAUAAAUUAAAAUAAUCUAUUGGAAAUAAAUAUUAAAAUUUCAGCAAUUUUGAAGAAAUUCUAGAAAUUUGA